UCCUUUUAAACAGGUCAAGCCAGGCCACCUCAGUGGUUAUACGUUUUGAGAUUACAUGGUGAGGGAUUUUCUGGAGCCAGCAAGAUGACGUUGGCUAUGAAAUGCCGCGACUGCCCAGUAAUUGCACUAGAGCCUUCGUAUGACAGGGUGAAGCGAAAAGGAAGAGCAUGAUAAUCGGUUUCUGGAGCCUCUGGCUCCCUUAUUGAAGGUGUCUACUGACUGUGAAGCUUCUCGCGAUGGAGGUCUUUUACAAUCACGAGACGACUUCAUUUCGAGCCUGCUGGGCCCGAAUCUUGACCAGUCUGAACAUUGUUGUUUUCUUUUUCACCGUUAUCCUCAAUAUCUGGAGUUUCCAACGACUAAAUUCAUGUAACAAGACGACUUUGCUUCCAACAGAUAGCCGACAACAACGAGUCUUGAAGAGUCAUUACCCUCUGAUUGACUUAGCACAAUACAGUCCUAAGAGGUUUGACGCUGAUUUGGGAGCACCAUCAGUUUACAAGGGUCCUCCUAGACCACAACUUGACGACGCGUGGAAGAGGUUGGUCGAUCAGCCUAUGCUUCUAGUUAACAAUGAGACGUUGCAGUCGUUUGAUCCAACUUCAAAGCCUUCAAAAGGCGUCAACGGUCAUUAUUAUGCUACAGUCGAAGUUUAUCACCAGCUGCAUUGUCUAGAUAUAACUCGUAAAUUCAUCUGGCGGCAGAACUAUCAACAUGUCGACACAUUCCAGGAUCCCCCGGAUAUGGUUUGGGAGCACGUUGAUCACUGUAUAGAUCUCCUUCGUCAGGUCCUAAUGUGCAACGGAGAUAUAGGUCUCGUCUUUUACACUGACGUUGGUAAACUGAAACCUGUUCCCCGUUUCUCUACAACCCACAUGUGUCGAGACUUCGCUGCGAUUACAGAAUGGGUCAACAAGCAUGACUCUGAGCUAGGAAUUUAUGCAGAAAAUGAUGUCAAUUGAGUCUAUUCGGACGCUUCGUUUGAUCUCCUACCAAUACAUAUUGGCCUUUUUCGUAAAACCGACAAUUCGGUACAGCCGCACUGUCCCCACAUUGUGGUAUCGUCCCAAUCAAUUAGAUCUCUACCAGCCCUGUAGAGGGAGUGGUCUGGAAACUAGAUACUGUAUGACUACUC